AUGGUUGAUAAUGAAAAACGAGAAAAUCUAGCAAAUGCUCGUCGAAAAUUAAAAAAGUUUCGCGAUCAGCAUCUACCAAAUGGCAGUGAUGAUCAUUCCACCAAUGGAACAUCCAUUGAAUCUCCUAUUGAUUAUAAUACUAUAGCACAAAAUGUAACUGCCUUUGGUAAUGAACAGCAAACUGCACUUAAUGGAGUAUCGACAUCACCUAUUAUUAAUUUAGAAGAACAAAAUCGUCAACAUAAUUUAUCAAUUGAAAAGCAAAAACAACAACGGCAAUCAAGUGGUGGAAGUAAUGUGUCCGGUCGUUCAAGUCAAAUUCCAGGCAAUAUUGAAGAAAAACUACGUCGUGAUGCUGAGAAUUUACAAGAACAACUUGAAGUUCAUGUGCAAACAAUUGGAGUUUUAGUAGCAGAAAAAACUGAUGUAUCAGCUAAAUUAUCUCAAUCAUUUAAACAACUUGAACGUAAACAAGGUGAAAUGGAUGAAUUAUAUGGACGUUUAAAAGCAUCACGUGAGCGUGUACAAGAAUUAGAAAAACAAAUGCAAAAUUCAACAUCAGAUGUACAAAAAAGAGAAAUGGCAGUAAAAGAUUUUGACAAAGAAAAUGAUCGAUUAAAAAUAGAAAAUAUUCGACAUAGCCAAUUAAUUGAAGAUUUAAAACAAAAUAUCAAUGAACUUAAUGAAAAAUUACAGAAUCGUCAAAAUACGAUUGAUCAAUUAAAUAUUGAACUUGAACAAUUCAAAAAACAACCUCAAGCAAUCAAUGAUACAUCAAUGACGGAACAACAAAUAACUGAACUACAACAAACGAUUACAUUUAAAAAUAAUCAGAUAGAAGAAUUUCUUUCAUCUAUCAGUCGAAUGCGUACUGAUAAUGAUCAAUAUCAACAAUAUAAUACAAAUAUGCAACAUCAUAUUCAAGAACUCAAUGAUCAAAUUAAUCAAUUAACUCAAACAAAUAAUCUUCUAAAAAAUAAACAAGAUGAAAAGAAUUUAUCUGAUCAUAGCUUAGUACUUGAACAUGAUAAUCUUCAACAAGAAAAUCAAUUAUUUCGAAAUGCUAUUGAUCAAUGGUCAAAUCGAUAUGAAGAAUUAAGAUUAAAAUUAGAACAAAUGACAAAGACGCUAACUGAAAAAGAUGAACAUAUUAUUCAGUUGGAAACAAAGAUUAAUAAUUCAAAAGCUAUCGAAGAUAAAAAUCCAUUAAUUGAAACUAAAAAAGAAUUCGAUUCCGAUGAAAUUUCAAACUUAAAAAAUCAAAUUCAAACUAUUGAAAAUUUAAAUAAACAAUUAAAUGAACGUCUUGAACAAUUUCAAUUAAAAUCAAAUCAUGAACAACCAACUCAAACGGAUGAACAACAAACCGGUUCAAUAUUACCAUUAAGUUCAAAUGAUCAGAAACAAUCCGAACAACACCUUAUUGAACGUUUCAAUGAAGUAAUGCGUGAAAAUAUUGAUCUAAAAGAUCGAAUACAAAAUCUUGAUCAUGUUAUUCUUCAAUUACAAAGUGAAACUGAAACAAUCGGUGAUUAUAUUAUUUUAUAUCAACAACAACGUGAACAACUUCAAAAACGUUAUCAAGAAAAAGAUGAUUAUAUUAAACAAUUAACACAAGAUCGAUUUGAUUUACAAAAAAAACUAUCAGAAUUAGAAAUCUUACUUGUUCAUGGUCUAAAUAUACCUAUUCCAAAUAGUAUUAAAUCACAAGAAUCUCAUACAGAAGUACCUAGCAAACAUGAUGAAACAAAUUCAUCGGAUCAAUUACAAUUACAACCUAAGAAAAAUGAACAAUUGGGAACUAUUGAUCAAGUCAUAUCAUUGAAUACCGAUAAAAUUCCUAGUUCGAUAUCAUUACCUCAAUUAAGUGAUGAAACAAAAGCUCGUAUAUUGGCAUUAAUUACUGAAUUAGCACAAAAUAAUAUUUCAUCAAAUGAUAAUUUAUCAACAGUAAAACGAGCAUUUGUCGAUAAAGAUUUUUAUCUAUGUUCAACAUGUUCAGGUUCUGUGCAGUGGGUUUAA